AUGCGCGCGACGUACGAGGCGCUCCGCUGCACGGCGCACACGAUCGGCGCCGUCCGCGUCGCGAAGGAGCCCCUCGUCCUCGCGGGGACGUGGCCCGUGCGGAGGGGCGAGACCAUCGCGCUGUCGCACGUCGCGUGGAGCCGGUGCGCGGCGGAGUGGGGCGCGGACCCGGCGCGCUACGACGCGGGCCGGCCCGAGUACGGCGGCCCCGGCGGCCGGGACCCGCGCACGCGCCUCGCGGCCUGCGACGACGCCAAGUUCUCCGUCUUCUCCCAGGGCGUCCACAAGUGCCCGGGCGAGAAGGUCGCGCUCGUUUUGGUCGCCGCGACGCUCGCCGUGCUCGUGCGCCGCGGCGCGACGCCGACGGCCGCGCGCCCGAUCUGCUUCGAGCGCGCGACGCUCGCGCAACGGAAGGGGGCCGUGCCCGCGGUGUUUAACGAUGUUUAG